UCAGAGUGAACAGGGACAGAAAACCAGAUACGACCGCCUGAACUCCUCCUCCUCUUCAUCUCCAGCUGCUGAUCUCCUGUACAGACUGAAGCAGAGAGAACCAGCAGCUACCAACAACUUUCAAGGUUGACACGUAUGGGUUCAGGAUGACUUCCUGUUUCAUGUCUUUCCUCUUGCUCUGUUCUUUAUCUGUCAUGGCCUCUGCUGAACCUGCGGGCUGUAAAAUUCGUAUCACUGACAAAGGACUGGACAUGUUGAAGUCUGAAACUCAGAAAUUUGUUGAAGAGGAGCUCAGUAACAUCACCAUGCCAGAGAUGAAGGGGGAAGAAGGACGCUUACAAUACACCAUCAAUGAUGUGAAGAUUACUGAGCUGAAUUUGACUCACGCUGAUCUGCAAUUCAUCCCUGAUGUUGGUUUGUUGUUUGAUGUUCAGAAUUCAUCAAUCUCCCUGACUUUCAACCGACGGAUCCUUUACUGGUUCUUCUACGAUACAGGAAACAUCAACGCAUCAGCUGACGGCGUGAACAUCAAUACAAUUCUGAGCCUGAUCAGAGAUGAGGAGGGACGACUGAAGAUCAAUAACAUGAGCUGUGAUGCCAAAAUCAGCAAAAUGAGUGCAAAGUUCAGUGGAACACUGGGGACAGUUUAUGGCUUCCUGGCCAGAUUUCUGACAACAGGCAUGCGCUUCCUCCUCAACCAAAAGAUUUGCCCGGCUCUGAAUCAUGCUGCUGUCGUUCAUGUAAACUCAAUGUUGGAGACAAUCCCAGUGAGGGCAGAAGUUGAUCAGUUUAUUGGGAUUGAUUAUUCACUGACUGAUGAUCCUGUGGUGACAUCCCAUGGCCUUGACAUGCAUUUCAGGGGGAUGUUCUUUGACCUUUCAAACCAGAAAUCCUCGUUGGUGAAUUACGCUGUGGAACCUAUCAUCAAAGAGUACGACCGAAUGGUUUACCUGGCACUGUCCGAGUUCUUCUUUGACAGUGGUUUGUUCUCCUACUACACAGCUGGAGUCUUCCAGAUGGACAUUGUCAAUGAGAAGAUGCCCAAAGAUCUGGAGAUGUUGUUGAGAACCACCUACUUUGGACUCAUCAUGAUGCUGAACCCAGCACUGGUGGAUGCUCCACUUUCUUUGCAGCUUGCUGUGAACUCGCCACCAAAAACCUCCAUCAAGACGUCCGGAGCCACAGUUGUCAUGACCGCCAUUGUCAACGUGAUGGUGCUGCCUCCAGGUCAGCCUCCGGUCCAGCUGAGCAGCAUGACCAUGGAAACUAAGUUCAAUGCCAAAGUUUCCAUGACAGGAAAACGUUUGUCCUUUCACGCUGACCUCCGCAGGUUUAAGAUCUUCUCCAACCAGUCAGCUCUGGAGUCUCUGGCGCUAAUUCCUCUGCAGGCUCCUCUGAAGACAAUGCUCCAGAUGUCCAUGGUUCCUCUGAUCAACAACUGGACAAAGAGAGGCGUUCGGAUCCCGCUGGCUGAUGGGAUGGAUUUCAUCGAGGAGGUGGUUGAAUAUCAUAAUGGUUUCAUUGUGAUUGGAGCAAAUCUUCACUUCAGCAAAGGACUGAGAGAAAUGAUGGCAGGAAGCACAGAGACGGAGCAACAGACCACCAACACCACCACCAGCAGUACCGCCUAAAUAUUAAUAUGGAAGAUAUAUAGCGCUAUGAUUGAUGUGAAUAUAUACAUCAAUGAAAACAUGAAUAUAGGAUGAACAGAUCAGAAAAGGAUUGACAGCAGCAAACCUGCCCCACACCUGACCUUACAUGCCAUAAAGACACCACAAAACACACACACAACCCAGAAGCAGCUGGUGACCCAAAACGUGGAGAACAGGAGGAAAACUGAGCCAUGCCAUUGUGUUUUAUGUUUUUUGGCUGCUGAUCUGCACAUCUUUAUGGUUGUUGUAACCUUAACAAGUAAAACGAUGGCUUACAAGAUUUCACAUAGGUCACAUAGGCUACGGAGAGGAAUGAAGCAUCUGAAGCCUGUCAGCAAGUCACGUGAAGCAGGUUAUGACUAUUAUGACAGCUAUGGAUCAUCUAAUAGGUCUAUAAACCAGCUUCAUUUGUUUGAAACCUCUAAAUAGCCCAGAGGAAGAGAGUACUGUGUGUUAGAGAGGAAAUUUCACUCAGCACUGGACCCUGAAAACACACACACACACACACACACACACACACACACACACACACACACACACACACACACACACACACACA